CGUCACGCCGAGCCUCCCAUUGGCCGACAGGGAUUUGUUUUGCAGCCUUUAGACUUCCUCCUUUGCGUGUUUUCAUAAACAAACCACAUUUUUCCUCCCGCCGGAGCCACGGUACUCUUCCCCUGUCGGCCUGCCAGCGUUCACGGAUUCCUGCUCGUGUUUCAACGAAGAGGCCGCGGGCGGAGCCGUGAGAGCUGGUCCCGGUUCGAAAGAGAGACGCGGGCAAGCGCUGCGGCAGGCGGAGGCUGUCGGUGUUGUCUUCAUUGUCUGAGCGGUCAAACGCGUGGUCGACUGUCGGACCGAGCCCACCUGCCGACCGCGUACCUGCUGUAAGCGGAUGGUUUUCGGCUGCCAGUGCCAUUGGGCCGCUGCGUAAAGUGUGAAGAGCUUCGGGACUGUCAGACAUGGUGAAGCUGACAAAGGCCAAGACGUUCCAGGCCUACCUGGACUCCUGCCACCGCCGUUACAGCUGCGUGCACUGCCGAGCCCAUCUGGCCAACCAUGAUGAUCUUAUCUCCAAGUCUUUCCAAGGCAGUCAGGGCCGGGCCUACCUCUUCAACUCUGUGGUCAACGUCGGCUGCGGUCCUGCGGAGGAGAGGCUGCUGCUCACGGGACUUCACGCAGUGGCCGACAUCUACUGUGAAAACUGUCACACCACGCUGGGCUGGAAAUACGAACAAGCCUUUGAACUGAGUCAGAAGUACAAGGAGGGGAAGUACAUCAUCGAGCUAUCCCACAUGAUAAAGGACAACGGCUGGGACUGAGAAGGAAAUCUUCGUUUUUCUUCAUGACUUUUUCAAAAAGUUGCAUCCCCUUGACUUGAAAGGGUUCCAGUGUAGCUUCCUCAUCCUGCAUUUCGAUCCAUCACUGUGCCACACUUUCACUUCGUAUGGCUUUGCCGAAAAAUAGCAUGUGUUGCCUUAUCUUUUUCUGUUCUUCGUGUUUCUCGCGCAACCACAACAACACAUAUGCUGAUAUCGCUAUCCUAAUUGGUAGUUGUGCUGGGACAUGGACCGAAUGAGUGCAGGGUUUGUGUGGGAAAGACUGGCAGGUGUAGUCACACAGGCAAGUGUGCGUGUUGGAUUUAAGCGUGUCCGAGUGAUGUAACAGUGCCCACUCGCUCGGUGGAGGCGAGGCCAGGGCAAGGCAAAUAAUCUGACCUUCUUACACAUCAGAUGCAGGUAUUUGGGUAUUUCCUUUGAGUUUAGACUAUCUGGCCCAAACUGUGUAAAGUAUUUAGGCUUAUUUAACCCAUGGAUCAUUUGCAAGUAAUGCAAGGCUAUGGGAACGCUUAGAGCAGUUUUUUUUUUUUAAUCAGGGAAAUUAAUGUUUUAUAUUAUAAGAUCAGUAACACUUGUUCACAUUGUGCUAAGGGCAAUCAGGGUUUUGAAUUAGUAACGUUAAAGCCCACAAAAGUCUCCUGAAAGAAUUGGAAUACCUGGAAUAUGAGUGUCUGAUUGCAGGUAUACAUUUUAGUGUGUGUAUAUGUGCGUGUGUGCAUGUGAGUGUGUAUAUGCAGUGCGUGCUGAGUUGCUUUAAGCUGGACAGUGUUUAGAAGCAUUAGUCUGGAGUUCACAUCUAGAGUUUCCACUGCACAGUUGGGAUAACUUCACUUUUAAUUAAUGCUGAUGAGCUCUAUCGUUUGUGUUUUUGUAUAGCCUAAACACUGAGCUGUCUUUAAUGCUAACAUUUACUCAAUCAUGUUAGAGCAAAGUGUGAUUAGGAUUAUGUAGCAUAUUUAUGGUGAUUUUUUUAAUGUCUGCGUCUUUCAUUAAAGUGUAUUAUUUUAACCUGAUCUUUCAUUAAAAUACAGUGUCUGUAA